AUGCAUUUCCUCGCGACUACACUUCUUACCGUCUCCCUCCUCGCCUCUCUCGUAGCAAGCGGACCCGUCAAUCAACUUGAUCCACGAGCUAAAGCUGUCAACUGCACGGCUCCAGUGAAUUGCUGGAGCUUAUACAUGCGCUGGGAUAUGGAUCCUAAAGCCGAAAAUUUCGCGAAGACCCUUAUGAGGCAACCCAAGGAUCUCGAGAUUGUCGACAAAGACUGCAAUAUUGUUAAAACUUCUAUGAAACAACCCGACCCCAACGGAGCAAUCACUGUUAAAAUGGAGGGAAAAAAUCCUAGUGAUUUGAUCAUUACUGGGAGUGAUAAACGUUUUAGACCCGUAUUCACGUAUAAUAAUGGAGAAUAUGGUAGGGAGCAUUGCGGAUGGAAAACUGGACCUGAUUGGUCUUCAUACAAUUGUUUAUUUCUCUUUGACGACUGA